AUGCAUGGAAACUUUACAAACAAGAUAGUGGGUAAGAGCUUGUCAAAAGACGAGAAAGCUAGGAAGUUGGCUUUGCAACACUGGCUUGAGGCAAUUGAUCUUCGACAUCGCUAUGGCCACAAUAUGCAAUUCUAUUAUCAUGCUUGGCUCCACUGUGACAGUAACCAACCCGUUUUCUAUUGGCUUGACAUACAAGGAAAAGAAUUGAACCAUGAAAGAUGUCCAAGAUCAAAACUAUACCAACAAAGCAUCAAGUAUCUUGGUCCGACUGAAAGAGAGGCAUAUGAAGUUGUGAUUGAGAACAGCAAACUAAUCUAUAAGCAAAGUGGGAUAGCUCUGGACACAAAAGAAGGUCCUCCAGAUGCAAAGCGUUUUUUUGUCCUAAGCGUGUCUAAGAUCAUGUAUACAAACAUUAACAAGGUUCCAUUUCAAAACUUUCAAAACCAAAGAUUCCCACGGUAGAUCAGGAUGAUGGUGAAGAAGAAUCUGAAACUCCAGAAGGAGAAGAUAAUGAAACGUAUAGACUCACACACAAAGGAAUGAAAUCUUACCGUUUAGCUGAGGGAGGCUACACUCUAGAUGAAGUACUGGUGCUGCGCCUAGUUUAUUCUUGAACAAGCUCAGCUAUCUCUAAGAGCUUCAAGCUUUUCAAACCCAUCUCCUUUUGGCCCGGUUAGAUCACGAGGAACAAAUCUUGGGAAAAGUCCUUUGGUUCAAGAACUUGAGUGUCUUUGGUCUAUAUAUGAAGCAAAUGCUCAUGUAAUGAAGUGACUAAGCUUGAAUAUUUUUUUGUUAUGUAGUGUGCAGAAACUAAAGGCUUGAAUGAAGAAUGAUCUUAUUAUGUGUGUGCCUUGUUCUACAAGUCACCUUUUCAUUAUUAUCCUUUUUCAUAUUUUUGUCGUGUGAUUAUUUUUUAAUCAAUUACGAAAUCAUAUAAAGUUGAGGACAUCAUGUCCCUUUAAUGAAUUUUACUCUUCAGCUGAAUUUUAAUUGUCCGUGAAAAUGCUAAUAAAAAUAUAUCAAACCAAACCAAAAGCUGCGUUUAAAAUUAAAACGACUGGUUGCCCAAAAAAAAAACGACUGGAAACUGGAAUUAGAGACAAGAUGUGAAGUUACCAACAGGUCCUUAAAUAUCUAGAAAAACCUAACCCUAAAACCGUGUUCUUUAUUAAGCGUUGGCUGCAUCAACUCUUACAAUUGGUGCAGUUCUCAAACUAGUUUUUU